AUGGGGAAAGAUAAAGCUAAAGAUAAAUAAAGAUCAUCAAGCAAGGAUAAAAAGAAGGAAAAAAAGGUGAAGAAGGAGAAGAAAGAUAAAAAAGAAAAGCACAUAAAAAAAGAAAAAUAAUAAAAGAAUGAUAUCAUAAAGAAGAAACCAAGAAAGAAUUAAUGGGGCAAAUAUGGGACUAUCAGUAAUACAGAUAUGUAUAUAAAACGUGAAGAGUUUUUAAUGUGGUUAUCAGAUGUCAAAAUGCUAAAUGUAGAGGCAAUUACACCUCAAGAAGAAAAGAAAUAUUUUGAAGAGUAUGUGGAGUGCUAUAACACAGCAACGUUUCCAUCUUAAAAAUUCUAUAAUUUUAAAGCAUGGUUUGAAAAGGAACAACUUAAAGAAAAAAUACAAUAAGCUGAAUUAGAAAUGCAAACUUUUGAUGACGAAAAAGAAAAACAGAAGGAAUAUUAGGAAUAAAAAGAAUUGAUAAAAAAGUAAAAAUUAUAAAGAGAAUAUUAACAUUUACAUGAAUUUCAGAAUAUUGCGCAAGACAUGCAGAAAUAGAAGCAAAUUUAAGAUCUCGUUAGACAUUACAAUUCAAUAGGUAAUCAUGAGGUUGCCUUGAGAUACUACAAAUAAUUAAAUCCAAUUCAUACUAUUGAUGCUCCUCAAAUGUAAUAGCAACCUCCUAUGGAGUAUGAUUAUGAAUAUGAAAACUUCUGA